AUGCAUGCAUGUUCUACUGCAUCUCUGAUUCCGCCGCAUCCUCCUGCCCACCUGCAGACGUACUCUCGCGACCUGAUCAUGCGGCAGAAGGAGCUGUACGCGACGCGCUGGAGGCAUGAAACGGAUACCGGUCGCCGGUAUGCAGGGCUUGUGCUAUAG